AUGGGCUGGUUCUCCUCAUCCUCCACACCCUCCACCUCCAAAGCCUCAGACGGCGGCUCCAUAGCCCCCGACCGCUCCUCGCGACGACAAUGCUACAUCGCCCGAGACGUCUUCUUCGACUGUCUAGAUGCAAAUAACAUAAUUGACCCCGUCCGGGACGAUAAAACUGCACGCGCCAAAUGUCCAAGGGAAAUAGUGGAAUUUGAGAGCGCAUGCUCGAAAACUUGGGUGAAUUAUUUCAAGGAGAAGCGCUUUAUGGAAUAUAAACGGGAUCAGACGAUUGCGAAGAUAAAAGCGGACGACGCUACGGCGGCCGCGGAGAGCAGGGCAGGGAAGUCGUAG